AUGGGUCGGGCGCCUUGCUGUGAGAAGAUUGGGUUGAAGAAAGGGAAGUGGUCUGCUGAGGAAGACGAAACCCUACGAUUGUACAUUCAAGCCAAUGGCCACGGCUCUUGGAGAUCACUGCCAAAGAAUGCAGGGCUGCUUCGUUGUGGAAAGAGUUGCCGAUUGAGAUGGAUAAAUUAUUUGAGAUCCGACUUAAAAAGAGGACAAUUUUCCGAAGAAGAGGAUCAAAUCAUUCUCAACUUGCAUGCUACUUUAGGCAACAAAUGGUCUGAAAUUGCGACAAAGUUGCCGGGUAGAACUGAUAAUGAAAUAAAGAAUUAUUGGAACUCUCAUCUGAGUAGAAAAUUUCAUAGACAAGUACUAGUGCCGCCGCCAUUAAUGGAUCCUGCUGCAGACCAGGCCCAGAAAAGGCGACGAGGGCGAGUUAGUCGGGCCGCCAUGAAGAAGAAUAACUUCAACUUGGUCAGAAGGCCGCCGCCGCCGCAGAAAUUAGCUGAUGAGAGCUGGCUGCAAAUGGUUAAAGAUGAUAUUAAUGAUCAUUUGAAUUGUGAAAUGUUGACAAUGGAGAUUCAGCAGUCACUGCCAAUUAGUACUAGUACUACUCGGCCUGGCCAUUUUCAGAAGUCAUCGAUACCUGAAAUGGCGCCUGAGAUAGGGGGAGAAGAUCAAGGAUCAAAUCAUCAUCCAAAUAAUUAUAAUAUUAAUUACCCUUCAUUACCAGAGGAAGUGGACACUGAUUUUUUAAUUAAUUGUUUGGAACAAGAUGAUGAUGAUUAUUGGAAUAACUUUAAUUGGUCAGCUGGAGAUCAAUUUGAAGAGAAGGAAGAUGAUGAUCAUACAUUAUUCAGUUGGCUAUGGGACACUACUACUACUGAUCAUCUUCUUCAUGAUGCAUGA